GCUGGCACACUGCAAAAGGAACAAACCAAAUGUGUCUGGGAGAUAAGCUGAGAACACAGCCCUGCUGCUCUGUCAUUCUCCUUAUCGCUGUCACUUGCAGCCCUGUCGGAAGAGCUCAGCAGCUUGGAUGUUCUGUGUGACAUGGAGGCCGAGCUGGAAGCAGCGUUUGUGGAGCUGCUGGGGCCGUUGCUGCGCUCGCUGCCGCUGGGCCCGCCCGCCCUGCUGGCCUUCCGAGCCGAGUCUGCGCGGGGACACCCGGAGACCCCGUGUCCUCUCUCCCCACCUGCACUGCAGCCAGAGGAGGAGUGUGCCCCGAGGUGUGAGUACUGUGGCAGCCUGCUGCGGCCCUUCCCGCUCUCCGAAAACACUUCCCAAGAGGAUUACGGAUCAAAGUUCUGCUGCGAGCGCAAUCGAGAGCUCUACGAGUUCAUCCUAGAGCAGAGGAGGAAGCAGGAGGACGCCCGGCGCGCUCUUGCUGCCGUCAGUGCCCAGGGAGCACAGAGAGCAUGGAGAGCACAGGGAGCACAGGAAGCACAGGGAGCACAGGGCCCCACAGCUGACAAGAAGCUGUCCAAGGAGAAGGCAUCCCACAGGCAGCAGGAGAGACCAACAGCCAAACCGUUACCAGCUUUCCCAGCAGCAGAGCCCAAAAGCGUAGCCAAAUGUCCGAACUCACCCGGCACCAUCUCCUACCUGCUGUCCCAGGAGCCCCCGGCGCCCGGGGGCCGGACGCUGCCGCCCGGCGCCAGCGCCGCGGGUCCCGCCGAGGAGCCCGAGUCCCCCGGCAUCACCUGCUGUGACUUCAGCCCCCGGGCUGCACAGGCAGUGAAGAACGAAUUGUUGGAAAAAUACUACAAACACGGAGGGAAAUUCCUCACCAUGCUUCCGGAUGGAACAUCACAGCUGUUCUAUCCCUCUGGAAACCUGGCAAUCAUCGUUGUGCGAGAGAAACACCAUCUUGCUUGCAUAGUACAGGCAGACAAGGCGAGUGAGGCUGAAAUACAGGCAGUGUUCCUGUCCAGCGGCAGCAGCACGUGCUACCACCCGCACGGAUCCGUCUGGAUAAACAUGAAUAUUCAGGGCGGGCAGUAUUUGGACCAAGCAGGCAGCAGGGUGAGAAGGUGGACGUGGCCGAACAGCCUCACAUCACCAGGACCCCACGUCCCACUGAGCCCCAUCUUCAUCUCCCUGAACCAGUACGUGGGGGUCAGGAUCCUGGGCCAGGACAAGAUCACCGUUUCCUUCCUUGCCAUGGGACAACAAGCAAAAUUCAACGUGGGAACCAAAGUGCAGGUGGGCGAGGUCAGCCGGCUGCUGCCCCCCGCCCGGCCCGGGGAAGAUGAGCUGCUGCUGCUCGCCCUCAGGGUGAGGAUCCUGUGGCUCUUUGACAGACUGCGUGGAUGCCUCAGCUUCCCUUCUAAUGAGCAACGGGACAAAAUUAAGCCUCCAGGAUACCUUACCAGACUGACUUUAAAGAUCUUGCAGCUUUGCACGAGUUCUGACAUAAGUGAUGAGCUACACAGCUGGGUCAGGGCGAUAGUAAAUGCUCCAGUCUGA